CGGCUUCGCAGCUUUGCGUCGGGACAACGCUCUGGACAUUGUUCCUCUCGCUGCUGCGCAACAGCCACAACACACUCGCUCCUAAGGUCAAAUUCACGCGAAACCACAAUACCCAGGUGCACCGAAAUUCUCAUUGGAAUCGAUUUGUAUACUGCCGUCGUCGGUCGUGCACCAGACGCAUUGAGCACAAUGGAGCGUACCGAUUAUCCUAAUAUGCUGGCCCGACUCCAGCCUGGCCAAGCUGUAGAUGUACUGAACGAGCGUGUGCGACACAUCAGCAAGCUUAACAAUGCCGUGGCAGAGUGGAUCAAGGAGCGACGACUACUUGAGGAGCAGUAUGCAGCAGGCCUACGAAAGCUUGCGCGCAAUUCACUGGAUGGGUCCGACCUAGGUGUGUUUUCUGUGCCUUGGAAUACAAUCACCGACUCUCUGGACACCCUCGCCGAUUCCCAUUCCGCCUUUGCCGCCAAAUUUGAGGCGGAUCUGGAGCGACCUUUGCGCGAGUUCACCUCGAGUAGCCGAGAGAUGAACGCUGUCACUAGUGUGCAGGGCAACCUCGGCGCAUUGGCGAAAGACGUGGAGAAGGCGCAGCAAAAGACGGAUAAGCUUCAGGGAAAACAUACCAGCAAGCAGGCAGAUGCGAGUUCGGAUCUGGAUCAUGCGCAGGUACAAUGGCAAUCCCAAGCUCCAUACGUAUUCGAGCAGCUCCAGCUUUUGGACGAAGCGCGCCUUGGCCAGUUGCGCGACCUUUUCACACAGUCGCAGACCAUUGAGAUGGAUCAGGUGGAGAAACACCGUACCACAACCGAGCAUUGCUUGAACAUCCUCCUGAACGUCGAGACUCAGGAUGAGAUUGCGACUUUCGCGAUCAAGUCCACAGCGAAUGUCCCUCGAGCGACUCAGUCACGAAGCAGCAAUCGCGCUAGCUUUGCAGUCCCAUCGCUGUCAAUUGGAAGAAGCAACCAAGGUCCAUCUGCAACAGACCUGGCUCCAAUCCCUUCCAAUACAGAAUCCGCACCUAAUCAAGGAGAUGCUUCCAUCAAUGAGAAGGAAAAGGAGAAAAAGGGUCCGCUAAAGGGCUUGAAGCGACUCGGCACAGUCAUGGGCCGACGAUCGAGUAAAGUGCCGGCGGGAGCUCUUCCGCCCACAACAGAGACGCCAGAGAGAAAGAGCAAAGGCUCGCGAUUCGGCCUAGGAAGGUCGAAGAGCUCAUAUUCGACAGACCAAGAACAGGAUAAUUCCAGUCAGCGACCACCAUUACCGCAUGUUGGAAGCGAGAUCUUGGACGAAGAGCCCGAAACGUCUCGUGCACCUACAAGAACUGAAGAUCGAUCGUUGUACAAUGGCUCUGCGUCCGGUGUGACACAGGCACCUACCAUCAAUACCUACAACGACAUUCCGAGUCUCUCGUCCACAGAAGUUAAUCAUGUUAACGAGCCUCAGGAGUUUAAUGGCGCGGGACCAUCUAUUCCUCAGAAGGACAACGAGGGGUUCACUGUCCCUCCGCCUGCCCUGGACCCGAUCUCAGAGGCCAGUGCUGCCCUGGCUGGUGAAGCAUCGCAACCACAGUUUAAUGUCAAUAUCCUGAACACGCCCAUCAAAGAGGAGGGAGGGACAGCAGCCCUCGAGAACGUUGCAGGCAAAUUGCAAGCACCUCCCACUAGUCAACGUAGAAUGGGCACUGUGCGAGGUCGCCGUGACGCGCGCAAUAGUGCUGUCAUCAGCACCUAUGGACCGCCUGCAGGUGAACCGCUUGCUGCAGAGCCAGCCAUGAUGGGAGCUCUUGGCUCGACAUCGAACAACUCUCAAUCAGCAUUCGCUGCUCCCGCGCCAGCGGAGGACACGUUCUAUACCCCUUCAGCAUUUCCCACCACCUCGUCUAAUGCGCCUAUCAACACAGCUCUACCGGUAUCACAAACAUUCCCUACGGCUACAGCGACUUCCACCUCGGCAUUUGCACCGGCAGAACCCGUUUCUGCCAUCAGACCAGCAGCCAAGGCUAUACUCGGUCCCGACCAUACAGGUGACACCCAGUCGAUCAGAUCCGGACGUUCGCUUGCGAGCACGGGAAGUCAAGGCGUUAAGCAUGCCGACCUGAACGAGGUCGGCCUGAACUCAUCACUUGUGGAAACUGUGUCGGCAAGGUUCGAAAAUGGCAAGCUCUUGAGCUCCUCUCUGAUUGGCGAGAUUGCACUCGUCUACAAUUCGACGGAUUUCUCUUCGCCUUUCGGUCACGAAACCAUCCGACUCGACAACUUUUCGAUUCUAGACAAGGUCGCGCCCAACCCCGCUUUCCUCAGCCCAACUUCCUCCGGCCGGGAGGGUGAAUACUCCGUCAACCUCGCCGGCGUCCUCAAAACCCAAAUCGCCUUCAAAUACCAGCUCCGCCACGAUGACGCCAACGAACAAGUCCCCAUCCUCGUCACUCCCGCCUUCCGCAUCGAGCCCAAUCAAACCUCCGUGAUUGUCUCCUAUUCCCUCUCCCCUUCCUUCGCCCUCCACGGCCGUACUACCCUCAAACUCUCCAACGCAACCCUCGCCCUGACCCUCGAGGGCGCCACCGCCACCAGCUGCAUGUCCAAGCCCGUAGGCACCUUCUCCCGCGAACGCAACACCAUCUACUGGCAGGUCGGCGACAUCGUCCUCGAGGCCGGCGCCGCCGCGCCCCAGAAACUCCUCGCCCGCUUCGCCACCGACUCCCAGGCCACCGGCGGCAGCGUCGACGUGAAAUGGGACCUCGUCGGCGAAAACGCCCGCGGCUUGGGCAGUGGGUUGGGCGUUAGUGCUCGGGCGGCGAAUGCUCCCCCGGCCGAUUCCUCGGAUCCUUUCGCGGACGAGGAUGCGAUCAAUGCGGCGGCGGCGGGAUGGAGGAGGGUUCCCACUGUGGCGAAACUGAGCAGUGGGCAUUACAUUGCGAAGUAAUGAAUCGCUUUCCCUGCCUUUUCCGUUUUGCUUUUUAUUGGUUUUGUCCACCGCCCCUCCCCCCAAAGAAGGAUAAUGAGAGGAGGAUACACCAGGAGUCUUUCACUUGCUUUCUCUCUUUUCUGUCCACUCACGCGUUUCACGCAUUUCGUUCAGUCUGUCUGUCAUUUCUUUCGCUUUCUUAUCUUAUCACUUGUGAUUUCUUCCGCACCAACCCGAUACCCGGUCCUCACGGUUGGCGAAGGAAGUAUAUAAAAAUCAUUCCAUAUCUAUAAUCAAGGCAUAGUUUCCCCACGUG